UUUCAAUUUUUUUUUUUUGCCGUCAGGGGUACCGUUAGCAGGAAAUCAAGCUCCAGUCCAUUUUACUUUAAGGCGAAACAAAGAGAAAAAGGCGCACGGCCGUGGAAAGCUCCUCGCAGGCGGACACAAGGAGACGGGAAGGCGUUGUUCUGAUGGGAAAAAGUUUUCUGCUGGUUCCGCUAACUGCUCGUCUUAUUUAAUAACUUUUUUUUAUACACACAAAUCAGAGCCGGACGUCAAAGAAAGGAAAGAUGCCGAAAACGAUUAGUGUACGGGUUACCACAAUGGACGCUGAACUGGAGUUUGCCAUUCAGCCCAAUACAACAGGGAAGCAGCUCUUCGAUCAGGUGGUGAAGACCAUUGGGCUGAGAGAGGUGUGGUACUUUGGGCUCCAGUACCAGGAUACGAAGGGUUUCUCCACUUGGCUGAAGCUCAAUAAGAAGGUGACAGCCCAGGAUGUGAGGAAGGAAAGCCCGCUGCUGUUCAAGUUCCGUGCCAAGUUCUACCCCGAGGACGUUUCGGAGGAGUUAAUCCAGGAUGCGACGCAGCGGCUGUUCUUCCUGCAGGUGAAGGAGGGGAUCUUAAAUGACGACAUCUACUGCCCCCCGGAGACCGCCGUCCUCCUGGCCUCGUACGCCGUGCAGGCCAAGUACGCCGACUACAACAAGGAGGUCCACACGCCGGGGUACCUGAACAGCGAGCACCUGCUCCCUCAGAGGGUUCUGGAUCAGCACAAACUCAACAAGGAGCAGUGGGAGGAGAGGAUUCAAGUGUGGCACGAGGAACAUAAGGGCAUGAUGAGAGAGGAGUCAAUGAUGGAGUAUCUGAAAAUCGCUCAAGACCUGGAGAUGUACGGCGUCAACUACUUCAACAUCAAGAAUAAGAAAGGAACAGAGCUGUUCCUGGGAGUCGACGCACUGGGACUGAACAUUUAUGAGCAGAAUGACAAGAUGACGCCCAAAAUUGGAUUUCCUUGGAGUGAAAUACGAAAUAUUUCCUUCAAUGACAAGAAGUUUGUGAUCAAACCGAUCGACAAGAAGGCCCCUGAUUUUGUAUUCUACGCUCCGAGGCUGCGGAUCAACAAGCGCAUUCUGGCUCUGUGCAUGGGAAACCACGAGCUGUACAUGCGCCGUCGCAAACCCGACACCAUCGAAGUUCAGCAGAUGAAGGCUCAGGCCCGAGAGGAGAAGAAUCACAAAAAAAUGGAGAGAGCUCUGCUGGAGAACGAAAAGAGGAAACGAGAAGCUGCCGAGAAGGAGAAGGAAAAGAUUGAGAAAGAAAAGGAGGAAUUAAUGGACAGGUUAAAGCAGAUUGAGGAGCAGACGAAAAAAGCUCAGCAAGAGCUGGAGGAGCAGACGCAGAAAGCUCUGGAGCUGGAGCAGGAGAGGAAGCGAGCUCAGGUGGAGGCUGAGCGUCUGGAGAGCGACCUGAAGAGCGCCGAGGACGCCAAGAUGGCGCUGCUGCAGCAGUCGGAGAACCAGAUGAAGAACCAAGAGCACCUGGCGACAGAGUUGGCUGAACUCACUUCAAAGAUUUCCCUGCUGGAGGACGCCAAGAAGAAGAAGGAAGAAGAGGCGGUGCAGUGGCAACAGAAGGCCACCACGGUGCAGGAAGACCUGGAGAAGACCAAAGAAGAGCUGAAGAACAAAGUGAUGGCAGCUCACAUUCAGGAGCCCCUCAACGCCGAGAACGAGCACGACGAGAACGACGAGGACAGCGCCGAGGCCAGCGCCGAGUUCACCGCCGCCGCCACGUACAAGGACCGCAGCGAAGAGGAGAGGAUGACCGAGGCGGAGAAGAACGAGCGCCUGCAGAAACAUCUACUCGCUCUGAGCUCGGAGCUGGCCAACGCUCGCGACGAGACCAAGAAGACGGUGAACGACAUCAUCCACGCGGAGAACAUCCGCCAGGGGCGAGACAAGUACAAGACCCUCAGACAGAUCCGGUCAGGAAACACCAAACAGCGCAUCGACGAGUUUGAGUGCAUGUGAGGUGGUGCGUUCGGCGACGCGAAAAGCCCACGCCGCGGGGCCCCCCCCCCCCUGCCUGGACUGCAGUUCUGCCUCACUCAAGCUGUUUCUCUCUCUUUAUCCAAAUAAAUCAGGUCCUCGACAUGACGCGUCCGCACAGGCACAGCACAAUGUACAAAUAUGGAUCUGGAAAAUUCCAUUUGUUAUCAUUCCUAACUUUGAAUUUAGGCAAAUCACUGGUUGAAAAAGGGACAUACUGUAUUUUAUUAGCACAUUCCUCACAACGGGGUUUAUGUAGCAUUUUAGCAAAAGGGCUCGCGCCGCGUGUCAGGACAUCGAGCAAGCAUUUUUCAUUUCUUUAUAUUUAACAGAAUUGUACCGUGAUUUUUAAGUAAAUAAAAAAAAAAAAGCGCAGAAUCCAGUUCAGAAAUUGACAUAUCUCUGCUGUACACAUGGUCGUCUAUUCCUCCCAUCAUGCAUUUCUGUAGUUUUAAACCCAUCUGCACUGUAAUCUACUCGAGCAAAAACAUUUCCAGUUGACUGAAGUGUGUGUGAAGGGCUUCUAGAGCAGUAUUAUUGUUGUUCCAAUCUGAACUUUGACCGUUUACUGUGUUCAGAUUCUUCCUUCUGUUACCAGUCAUCUAGUAUUCACACCCCACACACAAGGUGACAUUAAAAAACUGUUUCCUUAGAUUUUUUUUUUUUUUUGGUCUGGUUUUGCAUUUUUUCUUUCAGUCAGUUUGAAACUAAAAAGGCCUUGAAGUGAAAAAUCUGCUGUUAAAGCACUAAUGAGUAGAUCUGUUAGUUUUCACCAAACAUCCUGCACUGUAGACAGUAAAACAAUAAAAACUCCACAAAUAAAGCAACUUACAUAUCCACGUUUUCUUUUUUUAAAUGAGCGGUUUUCAAAGUGUGGCUGGCUGUCCACUGGGGGGCGCCAGAGAGCUUCACUGGGACAAUCUGCAUGUUUUUCCCCCCCAUACAGAACAAGUUUAGAAAAAAGAACUAGUCACAAGAUAAAGUCCUUUAUUAUUUUAUUAAAACACUCAUUUUUUUAAGAUAAUAUAUUGGAACUGUGUUGGUGACAAACGUUAUUAAAAAAAAACACAAAACUUUAGUAUAAAACCAAAAUGUUAUGAUCUAAAGACAAUUCAUAAAGAAUUGUCACAGAUUCAUAAGUAUUUGUGGAACCGUCGGUCUUUUUAUUGGCUUUUCCUCCCACACUUUGGAAACCCCUCAGUUUAUAUCAACCUAAAAAUAAAAAUGUUUUCUCCUGCUUUCGGUCACAUAACAAAGGGACAGUUUCUCUCAGCAUAAAUUUAAAAAAAAUAAACAUUGAGGACGGUUAAAGUUUCACAUGCAGAACAGAACUCUGGGGAGAAUCUGUCAACAGUUUAAGAUGUUUGUUUUUGAAAGGUUUGUGCCGUUUUCAGAGAGCAAGUGUCUUUCAGUUCAAACAGCUGGCGAGCCCCACUGUAGAUUUAUUUACCUUGAGAAGUUUUAUUCAUCUGCUUCUAAUUUGGAAUUCAGCUCAUGAGAGGAUGAUAUUUUAUGGUCUGAAACUUUUAAAUUUGCAUUUAUAUAAGUGGUGCAGAAUAAGGAAUUCUCACAGGCUGAGUUGUUUUUAUUAGAAUGAAGUCAUCUGCAAAGGUGAAUAUUGUAGUUUAUUAUUAUUAUAUUCAGUUGUUUUUUUUUUGCUUUUAAUUCCCCUAAAUAAAAAAAACCCGCAUGAAUUGAAAUCAUUUCAUUAAACAUGUACUUUCUUUACCCAAUACAUGCAUUUUUAAAAUACUGCAUUUGUUUAAUUACAUGGGUGCAUUUUGUUAUUGGGAUUUUUCAGAAGUGAAGCUAUGUGAGGUUUGACAGCAGAGAAACGCAUUUGAGGAUAUUUUUAUAUCAAAGAAGUUUUGUUUGUUUUUUUUGAUGAAAAACUACUUUUUGAAGAUUGUGCUUGGAUCUAAUUGAACAAUUCACUGAUGAAACAAGCAUGUCUGUCAUAGGACCAGUGGAAACGUCAGGUGUGAACAAAGGUUAUCAUUUACACGGUAUAGUAAAAGAAAAGUGUAAACCAGAAAACAAACAAACAAAAACAAAAAAACAGUGCUUCCUUGUGCCAUUGUUCCAUUUUAUUUUAUCAUUGAGACUUGCAGAGGAUUUUGCUUGUUCAUAGAUUUUUAGAAAUUUGUGUAAAUUAGGGUUUGAAAGAUUUAUUUACACUAUUUUACAAGUUGAAAUUGUAUUUUAGUGAUAAGUAUUUUUUUGAAUGAACAUUUGUACUGCGAUGCAUUUUCAUAUACAGUAUUUGCCCCUGGUUGUGUAUACUUCUGAUCGGGAUUCCUUCAUAAUGCUGCACAGUGUGUGUGUGUGUGUGUGUGUAUGUGUGUGUGUUUUCUCCCCUGUAGCAUCAUGUCUCAGCAGCCUAUUUUCAACUGAAGAUAUCGUGUGUGGCAAAUGUAUCGGAAACAUUCAGCUGAGUGUUUUUGUCCUGAGUGGAUCAUAAUCGAGACUGUAAAAAUGACAAACAGUGCCUUUUUUCCCAGUUUAUUCAUCAGAUCUUGCUGCUUAAGGUAUUCCUCUUACCAACAAUAAAAGUUAGAUU